AUGUUAUUUAUUAAAACUUCUUUUGAAACAGGUCUUUUCUCUGUAAUAAUGAGAGAUCUGGCCAACAUGUCAGGAGAUGGCCCCAAGUGGAUUGUCUUAGAUGGAGACAUUGAUCCAAUGUGGAUUGAGUCUCUCAACACUGUCAUGGAUGACAACAAGGUUAUCUAAGAGAACUGUUGUAAAUAGUCAUAAAAGUGUUGGACUGCGAUUGAGCUUUCACAUAGAUUAAUAAGAGACUAACAAUUUGUGUAAAUAACACAAUAUAGGUUGAGAUUUAAUAAUGGUCACACAGAAUACAAAUGUAAACGUUUCAGCAAAUGUCUUCAUCACUUCAAAAAAAAAGCAAAAAAAAAAAAGCAUUCAUAAGAUAAAUUAAAGCUACAUAUGUAUCUAAGUUAAAAAACGAGAGAAAAGAAUAUGAGUGGUCAUAAGUCACUGACACAAAGUUCAGAAGAAUUGAAAGGAAGGGGGUGGAAAGAAAUAUUUAAUUUUUUAAAAAAUUGAUUUUUAAAAAAAAACAAUCAUUCAUAAUUAUUUUUAUCCUGGGCUAUGGUUGGCUGAUUAACAUGAUAUCAGUGUUUAAAUAAACUUUAAAUAUUGCUGUUAAAAUUUGAUGCUGCAGUAGAAACACCAGUGUAAAAGUUUUAGUGUUUUGUUUCAUUUAUUUGAACUCAUGCUUAGCAUUUAAUGUCUUAAGACUGCACAGGUGCUUCACUGGCUUGUGAAGGCCUUGCAAACAAAUACAGCUACAUUGUUGUCAAACAAUUUAGAAUGAUGCUAUUUACUCUGAAGUAAGCUUACGGUAAUUAAAUUUCACAUGCUAUACAUAGAGAAAAUGCUAUUUGUUAAACUGACCUGGACAUUUAACAAGUCUUGUAUUUUAGGUGCUCACUUUGGCCAGCAAUGAACGUAUUACAAUGACCAGGUCAAUGCGACUCUUGUUUGAGAUUAGCAAUCUGAAAACAGCCACCCCUGCCACAGUGUCCCGUGCUGGGAUCCUCUUCAUCAACCAAAAUGACAUUGGUUGGAAUCCGUGAGCUCAUUUCUCAUUAGUAUUUCCUGAACAAUUCAUGGAGUUAUUUUAAUUUUAAAAAACUAUAACAUACUCGUACACUUUGAAAUGAGGAAGUGGGGUUUACAAUUUUGCAAAAUAUAAUUUAACUGCAAGACUGUACAGUGAAUAUUUGAGGCCACGCGGUAUCUCUAUUGCCUGGGUUGGGAAUGGGGUUGGGGGGGGGGGUCCUUUACAUUUCUUACUUGUUGUAUCAAUAUACAUACAAAUCCAUAAUGAACGAAAUAGCCUGAAAGGGUAUUUAAAAAAAGGCUCUUUUAAUUGUAUUUAUUCCAGUUAUUUGCCUUUUCAGAUAUGCACAGAGUUGGAUUGACAAGAGAGAGGUUCAGCAAGAGAAAGCCAACCUGACAAUAUUGUUUGAUAAAUAUGUGGGGUCCAUACUGGACUGUCUGAGAAUUCGAUUUAAGAAAAUAACACCAAUACAAGAAAUAGCACAUGUGCAGGUAAAUUUAUUAAAAUGUUAG